AUGUUCUACAAAGGCCGGGAUAAGUCAAAAUGGUGUGAAUUCCACAGGGAUCACGGCCAUAUAACUGAAGACUGCAAAGACCUAAAGGACGGGAUCGAGGACCUCAUUAGAAGAGGAUAUUUCACCCAGUACCAAGCGAGGGUCGACCACAAGUCUCCAUCCCAGGAGGAUGAAAAUGGAAAUAAACGGCCAGUCAAAGAUAGGAUCACUGAAGUCCAUGUCAUAUCAGGUGGACCGACCAGAGGAGGAAGCAUACAUGGUGCCAAAGCCAAUUUGAAGGAAGUUAGGCACCAAGUAAACUUCAACAGUGCAGGAAAAUGGUCAGCACCUCCAGCCAUGCCAUCAAUGAUUUUUACGAAGGAGGAUGCCAGGGGAAUAGUCUACCCCCAUGACGACCCCCUGGUAAUAUCUCUGCAGAUAUCAACCGCAAUGAUUCAUCGCGUAGUAGUGGAUGGGGGAAGUUCUGCCAAUAUACUGUAUGAAGAGACGUUCGAAAAAAUGGGCUUUGAAGCCGCAAGUCUAAAGCCGAUCUCAUACCCAGUUAUCGGUUUCACAAGAGCCUCUGUAGUUCCAGAGGGAACCAUCAAGCUGGCCGUAAAACUGGGGGAGGGGGCUCACUCCAAAGACCUGCUAGUAGAGUUCCUAGUGGUUAAUGUACCGGCAGCGUACAACGCCAUCAUAGGACGACCUCUGAUCCAUGACGCUCAAGCCGUCGUUUCGACUUACCACCUCACAAUGGUCUAUACCUCAAACGACGGCAACCCCGAGAAACUCCGAGGAAACCAGGAGUCGGCAAGGUCAUGCUAUCUGACGACUCUCAGACAUUCUGACCAUAAGCGACCUGCUGAAACGCCACCAUCAAAAAGAAAGAAGCGCCGGCUGGAAAACAAGGCCAAAAUGGAGAAUUUUGAGGGAAGGCCGGCAGACCAGCCGAGACCUAGCCCAGAAAGAGAAACGGAGGAAGUAAGCCUAGAGCCGGAAAGGCCGGAAAGGACUGUGAAGAUCGGGGCCGAUUUGACAGAAGAGGUAAAAGUAAACCUGAUUUCCUUACUGUGA